CGCAAUUCUUUUCGUAUAAUAUAAUUCGAUUAAACAUAAAUAAAUAAACCCAAGCGAAAGUAAAUAAACCUGUUAAUGCGCACCAUCUUCCGUCGGAGAUCGCUCGCUAUAGUUGUACGGUUUUUAUUUUGUCCCGGCAUCGACCUAAUCAGCCCAGGCGGCGUGUUUUCCCCGAGUUCUUUUUACCCGUUUUCGGGAAAUGGUCCGCGAUCCGUAGGCGGAAAACGUGGAGAAGAGGAACGUGGAAAGAAAAGCAGAAAAGCGCGGAGCGGAGCUGAGGAGGCGCUGGCGGUGGUGGAGGUGCGGAAAGUGCGAAAAGUGUUUGGGGUUAUGUGCUAGAGUCCCCUCGGGGGGAUUUUUAGCUGAUUGAAUCCGCGACCGAGACGUAAUCGCUCCGGGAAAUCGCUCGCAUUGAGCUGCACCCUCUCCUCGGCAAACGGAAAAAGAAAAAAAGCAAUACAGCGAGAAACGAGAGAAACAAAAAGCACGCAGAACAUGACAAGUGCCGUUCGCGCUAAGUCCGCCGCUGCCGCAGUCGGCGUCGCAGUCGACGAAAGCAGCGGCAGCAGCAACGGCAGCGUCGCGGAUCAAGAGGUGGCCUCCAGCAAGGAGGCCGUCCUGAGCGUCCUAAUCCGCAAGAGAUACGAGAAAUAUGUAUUCGCCCCGUGGGACGAUCCGAUAAUCUUGAUAAUGGAGCAACUGGAGCACAUCGAGCACUGUCGAUCCGCCGCCUUGGGGAACCAGGUGGCCAUCGGCCGGGACCCAUCUCAGGACGACUCUCUGAACGACCUGGGUAAGGUGAUUAGCAACAUGAGGCAGGACCAAUCACUGGUACCAAUCGUGAAGCACAUCGAGCAAAUAUCCGACAUUCAGGCCUCCAACGGCCAGGAACUGGCCUCCCUCGGUUCUUUGAGGGAGCUAAUCCGGACUAUCAGAAAGGAAUGGCCCCGGGACGACUCUAUCAAACUGCGGUUGAAGGAAAUACAGAUCCUGGGCAUGCCGCCCGCUCGGAGCUUAUGCUUCGGCGAGCGUAUCCGCGACGACAGGUGCCCGCUCUCCCUGCAGACUAAAAGGCACAAGGAGCGCAUCCAGGCCAUGAUGUACGAGAGACAGCCGUGGCGCAUCCGCGAGCGCAUGAAGACGGCAAGUGUGGCCCUGGUUCUGUGCCUCAACAUCGGCGUGGAUCCGCCGGACGUGGUCAAGAUCCAACCCUGCUCACGGCUAGAGUGCUGGAUAGAUCCCAGCUCGGUGUCCCCGCCAAAGGCCAUGGAACUCAUUGGAAGCAACCUGCAGAUGCAGUACGAACGCUGGCAGCCAAGGGCCCGGUACAAGAAGUGCAACGAUCCCACCGUGGAUGACGUUAAGAAGCUCUGCACCUCCCUACGCCGGAACGCCAAGGGGGAGCGCAUACUCUUCCACUACAACGGACACGGAGUGCCCAAGCCCACAGCCAACGGGGAGAUCUGGGUGUUCAACAAGACCUUCACGCAGUACAUCCCCCUGAGCAUAUUCGAGCUUAUCACUUGGAUGUCAGCGCCCUCCAUCUACGUGUAUGACUGCUCCAACGCCGGGAUCAUCAUCAAUUCGUUUCAGCCAUACGCUAAACAGCACGAGGAAGAACUAGGGAAGGCGCUGGCCGCCGCCCAGCAGAGGGGUGGUGUCCAACAGUUAGUGGGCGGCUCUGGUGGUGCCGCCAACGUAGCCGCCAACCAGGUGCAGUUAACCAACCAGAUGGUCAGUUACAAGAACUGUAUACACCUGGCUGCCUGUGCUGCAAACGAGAUUCUUCCGAUGAAUGCACAGCUGCCGGCGGAUCUUUUCACCAGCUGUCUGACAACACCCAUUAACAUAGCGCUCAAGUGGUACGCCAUGCAAGAAAAGCUGGGCAUGGUACCGCGUAUUCAGAGCGAACUGAUCGACAAGAUUCCAGGCAAGGUCAACGACCGGCGCACUAUGAUGGGUGAGCUUAACUGGAUCUUCACCGCCAUUACGGACACGAUAGCAUGGAACACACUUCCUCGCGAGCUCUUUCAGCGCCUGUUUCGCCAGGAUCUGCUGGUGGCCAGCUUGUUCCGCAAUUUCCUGUUGGCCGAGCGCAUUCUGCGAAGCCACGACUGCACACCAGUUUCCCUGCCUGCCCUGCCGCCUUGUUAUCGCCAUCCGAUGUGGAAGGCCUGGGAUCUGGUGGUAGAUUUGGCUCUACAGCAGCUGCCGGAGAUUCUCGAUCACAAUGCGCCGUACCGCCAGCUGCCAUUCUUCGAGCACCAGCUCACGGCCUUCCAGGUUUGGCUGGACAGCGAAUCGGAGUCGAGAACGCCACCGGAACAGCUGCCCAUUGUGCUGCAGGUCCUACUGUCGCAGGUGCACCGUCUGAGGGCCUUGGAGCUGCUGGCUCGCUUUCUGGAUCUUGGUCCGUGGGCCGUUAAUCUCGCCCUGGGCGUGGGCAUCUUUCCAUACGUGCUUAAACUGCUGCAGAGUUCUACGCGCGAACUGCGACCCGUUUUGGUGUUCAUUUGGGCCAAGAUCCUGGCCGUGGAUCCCAGCUGCCAGGUGGAUCUGGUCAAGGAAUACAAGUACUUCCUCUCCGUGCUGCAGGACACCUCCGUUUCCAAGGAGCACCGUACACUGUCCGCCUUUGUAUUGUCCUCCAUAGUGCACAACUUCCUGCUGGGACAGACGAGCGCGCUUCAAGGUCCCCUACUGUCUAUUUGCCUUGAGCAGUUGAACGACGGAAGUUGGCUGCUGCGCCAGUGGCUAGCCAUCUGUCUGGGCAUGCUGUGGCAGAACUUUGAGAAGGCGCGUUGGUCGGGAGCACGCGACCUGGCGCACGAGAAGCUGUACGUACUGCUGCGGGACUCGAUACCGGAAGUGAGAGCCGCUGCCGUCUUCGCCUUAGGCACAUUUAUUAGCUCCGUGACGGAUCGUAGCGAGGAACAGGCCAAUAAUAUCGAUCGCAUCAUUGCCAUUACCAUGCUCGAAACCGUCGGCGAGGAUAUGUCGCCGCUGGUCCGCAUGGAGCUGGCCGCCGCCCUGCAAUGGAUGGUGGUGCUCUUCGAGUCACAGUUCGUGGCAGUAUAUCUAACUGAACACAUGCGCGGUCACGUCUCCGCCGCCUCGUUCGUGAUGUGCCCCGAUCCCCGGGAUCUGACGUCUUCCACGCACAGCCUGGAGCGUCAUGUGACCAUUCGCAGGGGAGCCAGCUCCAGCUCCAUAUCCAACAUGGGUGGUGCGUCAAUAAGCUCGGGAACAGGAUCAUCCAGCAACCCUUUGGGUCGCUCGAAGAGUGGUUCUGGCAGUUCGGGUGGAAGAGGAGCAGCCGGAGCUGCGGGUGGUACUAACAGCAUACCCUUUCAGUCAAUCUUUACCAAGCUCUGGCUGGGCAUCUGCAAUCUGGCCCAGGAUCCGUUUCCUCGUGUAGCGGCCAUUGCCCAGGAGAUUGUUGAACAUGUGAGGGACACGGCACUGUGUCCCAUCAUGGCCGCAAAGGAAGCCACCAUGGCCAAUGCCUCGGAGAAAUGCAGCAGUCUAAGUGUUAGCCUCCCGCCCAGCCCAAAUACAAGAGUUAAUUACUUGGGCGGUGGCGGUGCACCAGGAGGAGCUGGCGCGACUGCAGAAUCACCGCCCGUCGGAGCAGCUGCCUCGGGCGCCAGUCACUGGGCACAAAAGCUACGACUAUCGGGCAGUGGAGCCUGCAUGGGUGCUGGAGAUCCUCAAACCAUUCUGCAGCGCAAGCUGCGCACCAGCUCCAUUAACGAUGAGACGGACAGCGGACCAGGGUACUCCAGAGGAGUUGCGGGUGCCGGAACUGGUCUGGGACUGCCCAGUGGACCGAGGGAGAGCACCCAUUCGGCGCGGAGCAGCGGCAGCGAGAGCAAUCAUUACCUGGAGCCAGGACACAGCCUCACGCCCAUUGUCCUGACCGAAUUCAUACCCUGGGCCAUUUCCUAUUUCACACGGCCCGGCAAGGAGCGCUACAGCAGCGCCGAGGGAUCGGCAGAGGAGGGGCGCCAGCGCUUCCCAGUGGACCGAAACUCAGCGGAGCUGCGACGCAGGAGGUUGCGCUUCCUGAGGAACGAUUUCGUACGCCGACAUGCCGGCCGAAAGCACCAGGAGCUGAUCGAUCCGUACGGCUUCGAUGUGUGCGUAUGGAACCGGAAGACACAGUUCACGCCUUCCAUCGUGAAGCUGCUGCCUUACGAGCCGCAGAUUGCAGUGGCCUACAGGGAGAAGGUUCUGGUGUACGACUUUCAGUACAAUUCGGUACGCACAUACGGCGCCGAGUCUCUUGGCGGCAACUUCACUGGCUAUAGUUCCGGUUACGGAUCAGGUUCCGGAUCAUCUUCAUCGCUGAAUGGCAGCACUCCGCGAAAGUCGGGCGCACAUACAAGUGGAGGAGGUGGAGGUGGAUUUUCCGCCGCCCCCUUUGCCCGCGUUAGCAGCAUCGAGUUUAUCAAUGCCCAGGAUAUGGCGCUCAACUUGGUGGCACACGAAGACGGAGUGGUGCGCGUCUGGCAAUCCUCGCCGCCGGCCAGCUCUGCCACCUCCGAGGAUACCCCGAGCAAAGCCCGAUUAGUGACGGCUUGGACAGCUCUGGGCCAGGUUAACCAACACAACCACCGUCAGCGCAGCGUGGCUUCCGGCGGGAGCAUUGGCAAGGGCGCGGACGCAUCGGGACUGUCGAGCGCAGCAAUUGGCUCGGGAGGCAUUGUGACCGCAUGGCAGCAAUGCAGCCAGCACCUCGUGAUAGGCGGCGGUGGCUGCCGAUUUAUCCGCAUUUGGGACGUGGAAAGGGAACUGAAACUGGCAGAUAUUCCAUUGGGUCGCAGCGAAACCUGCGCCCGGGUGCUGUCACCCUACCUGCCCAACAUGCGUUCCGAUGUGAUCCUCGCCGGCUGCGACGACGGCAGUGUGCGACUGUUUGACAAGCGUUGUGCGCCGCAGGACGCCGGGAUCUCCGUUUAUCGACGACACAGUGCCCCCAUCCUCCACGCCAGCCUGCGGGCAAACGGACUGGUGCUGGUCUCCGGCUGCACCGAAGGUCGGAUCAGUGUGGCGGACAUGCGGGGAAGCCAGUCCUCCAUUAACCCCUUCGAUGUUGUGUACGAGUGGGACGCCGGUGGCGAUGUGACGGCCAUAACCAGCCACCAGUUGGAGGACACGGUGGCCUGCGGCAAUGCCUCCAAGAUCGUGAUCUACUCGCUGGACGGACGGCAGCAGAAGGUGCUGCGGACGAACGAGGGUUUCAUUGGUCCCAAGAUCGGUCACCCCACGUAUCUGUAUUUUCACCCAUACAAAGCCCAGCUUGCGGUGGGCUUCGUGGACAAUACAGUGGCCAUAUACAGCCCCACCCCAGUUCUAUAAGGGCUGUGGAAAGUGGAAAACUGACGUCGAUAAGAAUCCCGAAACCUUGGUCAACGCACGCAGGUUCCUUGCAGAGCCGCAGAUGCAGUCAGCAGUGGAGCAGGUACGGAGCAGCACCCGGCUACCAGAUCUUCAGCCGGAGGACGUUCAGCUUAUGUACACGGUGUGCGCUUUCGAGACGGCCUGGCAUCGCCCACGUCACGACUCCGGCUCGAAAUCUUCAUACGAAUCCGUGUGGUGUAACUUCUUUGAUGUGGCCGCCUUGGAGGCGCUGGAAUUCUUCGAGGAUCUUGAGUACUAUUGGAACGAUGGCUACGGCUACGAACUGACUCAUCGCAUUGCCUGUCCAGCAAUCGCAGAUAUGUUUGCGGCCAUUAGUUCCUCUGAGGAGACACGGCAGCGACGGGCCAACGCCACGCUGUACUUCACGCACUCGGGUACGCUUCUCAAAUUGCUGGCCCACCUGGGAUUGGCCCGGGACAAUAAGCCGCUGACGCACAAACACUUUGCCAGCGAGCGUCUUUGGCGCACAAGCCAGAUUGACGCGUUCGCGACCAACUUGGCCUUCCUACGUUACGACUGCGACAAGGGGAAUCCGCAAGUCCUGGUGCUGCACCAGGAGCGAGUGGUGCGCCUGCCCGGCUGCCCGCAGGACAAGGAUCUCUGUCCGCUGGCCACGCUGCGUCGGAUUUACGCCAAUAGCGUGGACCACUGCGACCGCGAGAAGAUGUGCCGAGUGUAGGUCGGCUAAGCAUGGAGCACAUUCGGAAUGGAGCUGCUGGAUGGAUUGUUUGAUUGUAUUUUGUGGCUUUGCUGCCCUGCCACUAAUUGACCUCGGGAAAAGGGAUUCGUCGGAAAGUUUAGGAUACAACUGAUAUAGAGAUAAUGUUAGGAAUGGAAAAGAUUCGAAGGAACUGGAGUUCAACAAUGAUCAGAUUAGGAUUAGGACUAGUUUUGUAAGUGAUGAGCGGCGGAGAGCGGAAAUUUAUGUGUUGACCAAGUGGCGAGUCGAAUUCUGUGUGUUUUGUAUGCCUUAUUAAUCAAUGUGGACCAUCCACUCCAGCACUAAAGAACUUCGAACAGGAGCGCAUGAUAUAGAGCGAGACGGAGAUGGAGAGUGGAAAGAGAAAGGGAUGGAUGGCUUUAUAGACUUUAGUCUAUAAAUACCCUGGAAGGCGCUCGAAAUGCUGUUAAGAUUUAAACAAUAUCUCUUGGGUUACAUUUCUUUUGUUAUUCGGUUAAUCAUGCUAUACGCAUAGCCUAAUCCUUAUCCCAACGCCAAAUGGCAACGCAUACUGUACAUAUAUAAAUACUUGAUGUAUAAGAUAAUUAACUAUAGUUAUAUUUAUCCAACACAACACACACAUAUAUACAUAAACACAAUCGUAGUUGUAGUAUGCCUCUAUUCUAAUCGAUCCUUCGCCCCCAAAAGGAAACGUUCGUUGUGCUAACUUGUGUUGUAUACCUAUAAACGAGACAGAAUAUAUAUAUUUGAUAAGGCAAGGAUAUGGAACAAAUGUUGGGUUCCUACAUAACUUUGUACAUAACACUUACGACCUUAAUUACUUUUGUCUAAUUUUGUUUGUCCUGUCGGAAAGCCCAACAACAAAACCAACCGCAGUAACAACCAAUAAACUAACGAAAUUUCUAGUUUAAAGCUUAACUCGCUUGGACUUUUCAAUUUGUUUAAGCUGAAAAUAAAGAAAAACUGAAAAAUCAAUGCGCACCUAUGAUCG